AUGGAAACUGCUGAGUUCUAUUACGUUUAUUACUUAGCCCAGGAUUAUCUGCAGUAUGUGCUCCAGGAAUCACACCUCGGACCAGCCCAGACCAGGGUUGCUCAUGUCUUGAGAACCAUGGCAUCCUCUCUGCAAGACCAAACCGAGGAGGCUCUCAGGCCACUCCUGGACAGGAUUGACAUCACCUCUGUAGCUGUUGCCAAGAGAAUUUUCAAUGGAGUCAUGGAUGAAAAGUUUGCUGAUGGAAAUACUAACUGGGGACGAAUUAUGACCAUCUUUACAUUUGGAGGUCUUCUCACCAAGAAGCUUCAAGAGCAUGGGGUUCAGCUGACUGCAGAGGAGAAGGAGCAGAUCUCUUAUUUCAUCACAGAGUACAUCAUAAACAACAAAGCCGAAUGGAUUGAUGCGAAUGGUGGCUGGGAAAAUGGCUUCCUGACAAAGUUUGAAAGAAGAUCACUACUGUCCUUCUCCAAAAUUACAGCCCUGUUCAUAGCUGUUGUUUCCUUGUUCAGAGAGUACUACUGAAGUAAAAGGAUCUGCCAUUCAUGUGUAAUCUAGAUAUUGCCACAAACUUCACUUCUCAGCCUUCCUCCAAGCAAUAUCAACAAGAGAAUGAUUUCCUUCCAUCAUUUGUUUUUAAUUUAUUUGUAUUUAUUUUGACUAAAUACAAUGAUUAAUAUGCUAUCCUAAUUACCAAAUCUGAAGAUGAGAUCCUUCCACAGGGGAACCUGCACAACAUCAUGCAGCAAUUCAAGUCCACCUUUCCAGGCAGGAUUGCUUCGAGACCAUUUUCCACAUCCAGACAGCUCUUGGAAUCUCUCUUGCAUCUCCAUGAAAGGACAUUGUUUCAGUGAAAUACAAUCCAAUGGGUUAAGAAACAAGUUUUUAUGUCAUUUGUUUUGUAAAUGAAAUACUACUGUAAUGCAUUUUAUUGCAACCUCUG